AUGCCCGGCCCGGCCGCGGGCAGCAGGGCCCGGGUCUACGCGGAGGUGAACAGCCUGAGGAGCCGCGAGUACUGGGACUAUGAGGCUCACGUCCCGAGCUGGGGUAAUCAAGAUGAUUACCAGCUGGUUCGGAAACUUGGUCGAGGAAAGUAUAGUGAAGUAUUUGAGGCUAUUAACAUCACCAACAAUGAGAGAGUGGUGGUAAAAAUUCUCAAGCCAGUGAAGAAAAAGAAGAUAAAACGAGAGGUUAAGAUUCUGGAGAACCUUCGUGGUGGAACAAAUAUCAUUAAGCUGAUUGACACUGUGAAGGACCCUGUGUCAAAGACACCAGCUUUGGUAUUUGAAUAUAUCAAUAAUACAGAUUUUAAGCAACUGUACCAGAUCCUGACAGACUUUGAUAUCCGGUUUUAUAUGUAUGAACUACUUAAAGCUCUGGAUUACUGCCACAGCAAGGGAAUCAUGCACAGGGAUGUGAAACCUCACAAUGUCAUGAUAGAUCACCAGCAGAAAAAGCUGCGACUGAUAGACUGGGGUCUGGCGGAAUUCUAUCAUCCCGCCCAGGAGUACAAUGUCCGAGUGGCCUCCAGGUACUUCAAGGGACCAGAGCUCCUUGUGGACUAUCAGAUGUAUGAUUAUAGCUUGGAUAUGUGGAGUUUGGGCUGUAUGUUAGCGAGCAUGAUCUUUCGAAAGGAACCCUUCUUUCAUGGACAGGAUAACUAUGACCAGCUCGUUCGCAUUGCCAAGGUUCUGGGUACAGAUGAGCUGUAUGGGUAUCUGAAGAAAUAUCACAUAGACCUAGAUCCGCACUUCAACGAUAUUCUGGGACAACAUUCACGGAAACGCUGGGAAAAUUUUAUCCAUAGUGAGAACAGACACCUCGUCAGCCCUGAGGCCCUAGAUCUUCUGGACAAACUUCUGCGAUAUGACCAUCAACAGAGACUGACUGCCAAAGAGGCCAUGGAGCACCCAUACUUUUACCCCGUGGUGAAGGAGCAGUCCCAGCCUUGUGCAGAUAACGCUGUACUUUCCAGUGGUCUCACGGCGGCCCGAUGA